GUAUAACUGGAAAUAUGCUGUUACAAAAAAAUAAAUUAAUAUGCCUACUCCUUUGUGUACAUAUUGCACUAACAGCCGGAGCGAAGAAAUAUAAGGAUUAUAAGAAUUUUAAAUAUUACGAUGUAAAAGGAAGUGAGGAAGGAUUGGAGAAUCUCAAAAAUAUUCUCCAAGAAGAUGGUGACAAACUUUUAUACGUUACGAGUAGAAGGUCAACAGAAGUGGUGGUGGCACCUGAAUUAAACAUGAAAUUUCGAGAAAUCGCCGCUUUAGAGAAAUUAAACGCGACGCUUCUUUAUAAUGACAUUUCAAAGGUUAUUCAAUUGGAAAAGGCAUCGCCUCUGCGAAAAAGCAAAAAAUGCAUAACUUGGGACGCGUACUAUGAUGUCGAUGAUAUUUACAGAUAUCUCACAAAAAUGAGUAAGACAUAUUCCAAAUUUACGGAACCGAUUGUGGGCGGGAAAAGUUACGAAGGCAGACCGAUUCGAGGUCUGAGAAUUAACACGCCAACUCGUAACGGUGAAACCAAGCCAGUAUUUUUCAUCGAAUCAGGUAUCCACGCCCGAGAGUGGAUAGCGCCGGCCACAACAACGUACUUCAUCAAUCAAUUGCUCACGAGCGCCGAUCCUAAUGUAACGAGAUUGAGGGAUCAAUUCGACUGGAGGAUCUUCCCAACUGUUAAUCCUGAUGGAUACCAUUACAGCCACACAUUCGACAGGAUGUGGCGCAAAACGCGUUCAAUAUCAUCUAACGGCUGUAUAGGAGCUGACCCAAAUCGCAACUGGGACUAUAAUUGGGGAAAGGAAUCAACGUCACAUGAUCCCUGCCACUACCAACUGUACUGCGGAUCGCAACCAUUUUCCGAAGUGGAGACGCGUACGUUGUCGUCCUACAUCUCCAAGAUAGACAACUUGUUGUUCUACGUAUCAUUCCACUCAGCUGCGGCCAUACUCCUGCUGCCACUAUCCGAUUCAACAGAACACGUCGAUAAUUAUGACGACCUGAUUCAAAUUGGCAAUGCUUCUUUAGAAUACGGAUCUAAAGUAAACAACGUCCGAUACGAUAGCAUUGGUACUGCUGCCGAGAUAUUAUAUCCAGCGUCGGGAGGUAGUAUGGACUGGGUGCGCCACACCUUUGAAACACCCCUCGCGUACACAUACGAGCUUCGAGGCAGUUCCUUCCACUGGCCACCCCGCAGGAUCCCUGAACAGGGAAAUGAAGUCGUCCAGAUGAUACUCGGACUAGCGACGGAGGCCAAGAAAUUAAAAUACUACUAAGUGAAAGCUAAACCAUUGUGAACUUCCGGAGGCAAAGAGCCUGGCAAACUUUUAAGCUAUUUAGUUCAAUAAUAAAUGGAGUUAGCAUUCUUGGUAUC